GGUUGAUGGCGGUCUUACGCCGGAUCCCUAUGGAUGGAACCUUUAAUCAAACAGCGCCUUUAGAUAGGCUUGUUGGUUUUAAGGAAGGUUAUUCGCUGGAUUUGAAGAGUGCAACCGAUAGGUGGCCUCUUCCGUUCAUGAAAGGCAUUAUGGCGGUCCUUUUCGGACCUACCUUAGCGUCUUCUGUUGUUCAAGGAGCACUUAGUUUUAACACUUUCGCAGUGACCCGACCAUGGGUUGCUAAAGAGAGUACUGUUUGCUUCUUAACUGGACGGCCGUUAGGGUAUUACGCCUCUUGGCCCCUAUUUGCUCUAUCACACCAUUUCUUGGUGUGGCUUGCCGCAGAUAAGGUUUAUCCUGACCAGAAAGAGCCGUUCCGCAACUAUGCCAUUCUGGGCGACGACAUAGUCAUAACAGAAGGUAAGGUGGCUCAGGCAUACUCGCAGUUGUUAGACAAACUGGGUGUGACAAUAUCCACUCAGAAAAGUGUCACUUCUAAGAGGGGUUGUCUCGAGUUCGCCAAGCGUUUCAUGGUCCAUGGUGGGCACAAGGAUUUUUCACCUGUGUCUCUUCGUGCGGCAAUGUUGACGCACCACCCUUGGGGCCUUUGUGCCUUUAACCAAAAGUAACAAGUGAAGAGAUUCUCUACACUUGUUAGGUUAGGUGGAGGCGGAUACCGAGUCACCGGAAGGUCUCAUUCAACCCUCUCACGGUCCUGGGAGAGGAUCCGUGUGAUGAGCCAAAAGCCACCUAUAUCGAAUGAUGGUAUGCCUUUGGAGUUGUGGUUAGGUAGAGGUUACCCUAUCAACCCCUAUCUCCGAGGCGAUCUCCUCUUCUUUAUUAGGGAGUACUUAAAGCCUAAGGAGCUUAGACUUCCACCGUCUGACCUUUUGGUUGAUGGUGAGGUUGAAAUUCUCGAACGGACAAUGAUCCGCCGAUGGAUGACUCAAUGGUUGAAAGUAGUCUCUUGGAAGAAUUUCAAUCCUUCUUUCUAUCAAUUUCUUUCUCGGCGUCCCGGAAUCUAAAAACUCCAUCUGUUGAUAAAUCUCCCAUACUUAUGAUACUCAUAUCGAUAAGACCAUUGAACCUUUAGAGUAAAUACCUGAUUCGGAUUCAGCAGGUCUUUUUGUCUUAUUCAACCAAUUAUGACAUCCCUUCUUCCCCGCUUGACGAAAGCGCCUGCUAUAGAAAGGCGGACGCUAGGAAUUUGGAAGCUCAUGGGGAACCGACGAUUCUGAUAGUUUAGACCGUUCUUUAUUGGGUUGGUGUUCUAAUAAUAUAGAUAGAAUAGAGUGGUUAGGAGAGAGAAUCAAUGUUCCGUAGUAGGCCCGGUUCAUCAGGUUCUACCACUGCAGGGCCCAAUCAUAGUCAAAA